AUGGAGAACGGAUUGUAUUCUGUCCCUCAGCAAGCGUCGAAAGUUUUUCGUGAAGGCAUCUUAGGUAGUCCGCGAACACAUCAGCACCUCAUCGAUGACCUGGAGAAGUACGAUACAGUCGUUUUCGAAGGAUCUCAGGACCCCAUUGUUCCUGUUAACUGGCGAUUUGCUGAGAGUGUAUCCGCACUAAAAGCGCUCGAGGCGACGUACGUCAAUGCCAUCCUCGACAAGCUCUAUGGAGUGCCUCCGCAGAAGGCUUUUAUCAACACUGACCAUGCAACCCUAUUCCUCUUGUCCAUUCCCCUCUGGUCUCUUGACCCUGAGGGUAGAAACAUAAGCUUUGUGGACAUCAGAAGCGACGCUGCGGCCAAAGAAUUUUACCUCAGCCUCUUCAAAGACUUUGACACCCACAAGUCGCUGGAAGGCGCCUACCGAUGCUGUACAUCCAAUAUCUAUAGGACGUCCGACGGUCGGUUUUUCCACCUCCACGGCUCGCUCAACCCAGAUGUUGUUCUACGAAUGCUGAAGUUUCCUCUUAUGCCACCUGGGGGUGAAGACACGUUUGAAAAGGUACUGCCUAUGUUUAGGGAAGCACUUUCGCAGUGCGAUAGCAAGAGCAUCGACGAACUAUCGAACGAUGUCUUCAAGACCUCGGGGACAAUAUGCCACGACAUUAAUGGCUACCGAAGGACACUUCAUGGUAUAGCGAACUCGCAUGUUGGUCUGUGGGAGUCGUACAAAGCCAAUGAGACUCAACCUCCCUGCUGGUGGACAGAUGCAGUUGGUAAUAAGCCAAGCAACCCAUCAAGGCCCCUCGCCGGACUUAAGGUCCUCGACGCUACCCGCAUCAUCGCGGGACCUGCCGUGACCCGUGGGCUGGCAGAACUGGGAGCAACCGUUCUGCGAAUCACAUCCCCUUCUGUACCCGAUGCGACUAUAUACCACCCCGAAUUUAAUUGGGGCAAGCGAAACGCUGCCCUAGACUUUGCCAACGAGGCAGAUCGAGAGACCAUGAAAAAACUUAUUUUGGAGUGCGACGUGUUUGUCUCAAGCUAUCGGCCAGAGGUCAUGGAGAAAUGGGGCUUUGGGGCCGAUCAAAUCAUGGAAAUGUGCAAGGAUAGAUCCAAAGGGAUCAUUGUAGUGCGGCUCAAUUGCUUUGGAUGGCAUGGUCCAUUACGGUUGAGAAGUGGAUGGCAGCAGAUAUCGGAUGCGCACACCGGCGUUUCCUAUGAGUUUGGCCGCUCAAUGGGAAAUGACGAACCAGUCACUCCCGUGUUCCCAAAUAGUGACUUUUGCACUGGCAUUUCGGGAAUAUGCAGUGUGUUAGACGCCCUGAUUCGGAGGGGAGAGAACGGUGGGUCGUACAAGAUAAAUUUGGCACUUGACUACUACAACAACUGGUUGGUCGAGGAUGUUGGCACUUACUCAGAAGAGACCUGGGACAAACUUCGCAGGCAUUACGACUCGCCUGUCUUUCGUCACGACGACCAUAUGCUAGUUCUAAUCUCGCGGGUAAUGAGCAUGCUCAAGGAUAAGUCCUCGCAUUUGUUUGAUCCAAAAUUCUUCGAAUCCCGGCCUUGUCCAAAUCUAGGCAUAUCGAUUCGGACCGUGAAGCCGGUUAUACAGUUCGAUGGAGUUGUAAAACCUGGGUUUGACAUUGGGACGAGAGGCAAUGGCGUUGAUGAAGCUCGAUGGACAUCUGAGCCUAUUGAAUCAGCUGCAAUAGAGACCUAG